CUUAAUUUUGAUAAGGAUAAGUGAUAAGUUCAACUUUUCAUUUUGCUGUUUGAAGCUAUACGUAUUUUAUUUUAGAUCUCAGUGAGUAAAAAAAUGUAGAAUUUCAUUCAUUUCUGCGGAAGCCUGAAAUGAUCAAUUUUCAACGAUGUGAUUAUGAUUGUUGAUUGAAUUUCCUCCCAGUCCCAUCAAUCCAUCAUAUUUUCCAAAAUUCUUGAGCGAACAUGUCAUUCAGAGAAGUGAGAAAUUUCACUGAGAUAUUGAAAACUUUAGGAUACCGACGUUUGAUAUCCUACGAGAGCUUUCGUCAGCCUAAUUUUCAUCUAGUCGCUGAUAUUCUGGUUUGGCUGGUAAAACGAUUCGAUAAUACAUACGAUAUAUCAGAUGAUUGUUCAACUUCAGAACGUCGAAUUCUCUUGAUUCGAUCCGUCGCUGAAUUCAUGGUAUUGAAAACCGGACUAAAAUUGAAUUUGAAAAAAUUGUAUCAAGCUGACGGACAUGCUGUGAAAGAAAUGCUCAAGAUUGCCGCACUGUUACAUGAGGCACUGAAAAUGAAACAGAACAAUAGCGACGAGUUCUAUUCAUUAACUAGCGUUGAUUUAUCAGCAAAGAUACAAGAACUGAAGUUGACAAGAGAAUUAGCUCUUCAAAUUACUCGCAAAGGCUCGUCUCUUUUCGAAUUGCUUAAAGAAGAGCCAUUAUUACGAGAAACUCGUACACUUCAAGCCAAUGCUUAUGUGGAUUUGAAUGAAAUUGAAACCUUAGUGAAAAAUAUAAUCAACGAUACAACGAAAAAUAUAGUUCAGAUGAAACAGCAGAUAGAAAACAUAUCAUCUACCGAAAGUAAUUUGGAUAUGAAAAUAAAUAAAAAAGAGAACGAUUUAGAAAGAAUUGGUCGUCGUUUAGAAACUCUGAAAAAUGUUCGGCCUGCCUUCUUAGAGGAAUACGAACGUUAUGAAGAGGAAUUGAAUCAGAUUUAUGAUAAUUACGUGAAUAAAUUUAGAUGUUAUACGUAUCUGCAACAACACUUGCAACAGUUACACACUUUGAACCGGGAUACUGCCAAUUUCAUGGACAGUAAUGCAAUGGAAGACGCAGACGAUAAAAUGUCAUCGCUGAUCGAUGAAGGUUCUUUAUCAUCAUCAACACCACCCCCGGUUCCUAAUAAUAAACCACCCGAUGCAAUUAUGAACGCCAAAAAAACGAUCGGACGAAUUCGUACUGCAGUUGAUUCUCGUCCUAUAAAAACUGGGAAUCGAAUGUACGAUAAUGUCAAAGACGAAAGCGAAGAUUUGGAUGACGAUGAUGACGACGACGAUUUAGAUGAUGAAUUAUUAGAUGGAGAUUCUAUACUACGCAAUGAUACGGAAGACGAUUCUGAUUUACAGCAUUCCAACACAGAUAAUUUCAAAUUAUCUGAUAAUAAAAGUGAUGAUACUUUUUAAAGCACUCAAUCGAGGCAUCGUAAUCUAGUCAUAAAAAGUUACUUUUUUAUACGUUUUUUUUUCACUUUACACUUCACAAGUUAGAGAUUUUUGUCAAAGAUUUGAACUUGUAAAGAAUUGCGUUAACUUACAAACACAAAAUAAAAAUGCGAUUUUUGCAAACAUUAAAAA